GGGCAGUUCAGUGUAAUUUGUAAGCGGGUUCCCGGUUUCUCCUCCCGGCGCCAGAAUGAGGAGAGCUGUGCUGAAAGAAGCCGCCAAACGAUUCCCCUGGUUGGCCAAUGUCACCUUGUACGGCUGCUUAUUUGCCGGCGGUGACCUGGUCCAUCAGCUCAUAGCUCAGAAGGAGCGCAUGGACUGGAGACACACUCGUAACGUGGCCAUCGUGGCAAUCAGUUUCCAUGGAAACUUUAAUUACUUCUGGCUACGUGCCCUGGAGAGGCGCUUCCCUGGAAAAUCUGCCGGGAUGGUUUUCCGCAAACUGCUGCUGGACCAAAGCUUCGCGUCGCCUUUGGCCACCAGUGUCUUCUACACAGGGGUGAGCUUCUUGGAGGGCAAAGAGGACAUAUUUGAAGACUGGAGAGAGAAGUUCUUCAACACCUGGAAGACUGGACUCAUGUACUGGCCUUUUAUGCAGUUUCUGAACUUUGUUCUGAUGCCAUUAUACAUGCGAACGGCCUUCAUGGGCUGCUGCGCCUUCCUGUGGGCCACCUUCCUGUGCUUCUCGCGGCAGGACGGCGACGGCACUGCCGCUGUGGCUCUGGCUUUUGUCAUGGAUCCCCGUAAAACAUUGGAGGAGAUGCGUGAGGCCCGGCUGGCCAGAAGAAGGCAAAGGACCCAGAAGGAAAACUGAAGGAAGGAGGAAAAGAGGGUCACUACGUCUGUCAUUCAAGCGUUUGAGCUUCGAUAGCAGGACAGAAGGCGUUUUGACCUUUGCUAAAACCACACAAAGGGAAAGUGUAGAGAGCUGAAGAGCAUCUCACUGGUUUAUGAGAAACACUGUGUUACUGAGUACAUACAUCUGUCACAUACACUCACAUCUGUUUGACUGUAAUAUAGUAAAUAUGAAGAAUUCACUGGAAGCAUGGACCUAUGGACUUCUCACUGUAAAGGGUAUCUGUGAUGUGAUGAGGGACUGCGGCUGGUUGCUGUUGAUGUUGGUUUGAUGUGUGUCGAUCAGGUUUAAGGGCUCACUUUUUCUUUACACUAGUCGUGCCUUCUUUUGGUGACAAGACCCCUGGUCCACGAGCUGGAGGUGUUUGGCUGACUGGGCAUUGGU